GGAAGGAAGGCGAGAGAACGCAAGCAAAAUGCAGAGGGCGGACAGAGGUAGCGGGGGUUUCCAGUGUGGAGGGCAAAAUAAGAGUAACAGAGGGGUUAUGAGUGGGUGAUGAGAAAUGAGCCACAGCUAUAGAGAGGAAAAAUAAUAGAUUCCUUUGCCUCAGGUGGAUAAACUCAAAUACUCAGACACCGCAGGAGAGAAAGAACAAGAAAGAGUGACAGACCGAAAGAGAGAGUUAGAGAGACAGAAAGUGAGGACAAGAACUAAAAGAAGAAGGGCGGAUUGGAUUGGUAUGACUGAAUAAUCAUCUCAACUCCUUGAAACACGACAUCCUGUAAACGAAGCAGAUAUGAGAGAACCAAAAUGUUCAAGUGCAGAAAAAUGUCCAAAAGGAUAUUAUGGUUCAUGUGAUGCUUCGGGAAUAAAAUGUGAACCCUGCCCAGAUGGCACCUACACUGAUGUCGAAAACAUGAUGAACAAGUGUCUACCCUGCAGAGGGUGCUCCAGCAACAGCAAUUUAAUCACAUACAAGGAGUGUGAGGCAAAAAGAGACCGGCAGUGCAAAUGUGCACCAGGCUUCUACUGCAGUAACCUAAAUGUUGGCCACUGUGAUCAUUGCAUUCCUGUAGCUCGCUGCCCUAAAGGACAAGGGGUCAUCAGACAACACACGCACCUGGAAAACACAGAGUGCAGUCCCUGCAAAGAGGGCACCUAUAAUGAUUUGGAUGACUACACCUCCAGCUGCAAAAAUCAUACAAGUUGUGACUCUCUGGGUCGAGUCCCAAAGGAUCCUGGGACCCCGACAACAGAUGCAACAUGUGGAGAUUUUAAACCACAUGGAUAUUGUCAUUGGAUGUUACCUGCUGGUCUGUGGGCAGGGCUCGUGGUUACUGCCAUUUUAAUAUUUCUGGCCGUUUUAAUCAUGCGUCGGAGAUCCAAACGUCGGUCAUCAAAAUCAGUACUUAUUUCAGGGUAUUGGAGCUGCGCCUCGCCGACACUUCCUCCAGACAUCUUGAAAUACCCUGCAGACUGUGGUGUUGAGAAACAUGAUGAGGGUUACAAACUCACACAUAUUUGUACAGUUGAAAAUUAUCCAGACAUGGACUCUGCCACGAAGUGUGAUUUGGAGACCAUGCCAGUGAUGAAAGUGUCUGAAAAUUACGUGACUGCAAAUGAAUAUACAGAUAGGAACACAUGUCACUCUAUGUCAAUCUAUCAGUCACAGCCACAGGAAUCUGAAUGGCAUGAAUAAUUAUUGAUAUGUUGACUUCUUUCUAUUCACCUGACAAUUACUGUAUAUAGACUGUUUAUUUUUAGUAUUACAUGUAUGUAUAUAAGUUUUGCUCCAUAUGUUCUGGCAGAAUACAUUUCUUAAUUAACAAAAACUUGAUUUCAAUACUGUAUAUAUGAAUAAAAAAUGAUACCACACAUACACAAUGUCCUAGGUGAAUAAAACCUGUACAGAUUUAUACAGUUUGUAUGGUCUUUUCUUAGCAGUAACAAAUACACAGAGUCUUAUUAACUAAUAACUGCAUAAAAUUAAAGAAAUAGUUAACCCCAAUAUUAAAAUUAGCUCAUAUUUUAUUAACUUGAUAGUUCACCCCAAAAUGAAAAUUCUGUGAUCAUUUACUAACUCACAUUGGGCCCUAUCUUGCACCCAGCGCAAUUGACUUUGUCAGUGACGCAUGCAACAUUCGUAUUUUGCACCGGCGCACAGCGGGUUUUUCCCUCCACAGAUGCAUGUCGGCAAACUAGGGAAUGAACUUGCGCUCCCUGGGCGGUUCAGCGCAAAAAAGGAGACGUGUUCCGGCGCAAACCAUCCCUGAUGCUAUUUUGCAGUUUCAAAAAACAAUUGCGCCACUGACCAAAAAAAAACUAGUCUAAAGUUAGUGGCGCGUUGCGCGUGGUUCAUUAUGCUAUUUUAAGGGUGCAUGCUUGACCAUAAUCUAUAGCGUGCACAACGCGCACACACUUUGCUUAUCUAAUCUACACAGAUGCAACAGUUAUUUUUGCAAAUCAUAAAUUGUUACAAUAAAAAAUAUUAACACAUGAGAUAAGGGAAAUCAUUGUGGUGAGCACUGUGGUGAUAGUUUUUAUUUAUUGUGUGGCUGCGUUAAAAAAUUCUCAUGCAAAUAACGAUUAAAAUAUUUUCAUAAGUUUGUUGUGUGGCUGUAUCACGUUUAUUUUAUGUAAAUAAUAAUUAAAAAGUUUUCAUAAGAAACCUUAUGAACUUGAUUUGUAAGUGUACUUUGGGGUUGGACCUUGCUUGCGUUUCUUGGGUCCGAUUUCAAAGCCCCCAAACCCUUUCAGCGGUGAGGGUGGACGCAGCGAUGUCCUCUGCUGGCGUCAGGUUAUGUGUAGAGGCAGAUCCAGUUACACGGCGUGCCCGAUUUAUGCUGGCAAGCUUGGGAUUCCCCCGUCUCCUGACAUCAUUGUAGCGCUUGGCGCAACGAUGGGGAUGCCAGCUGAUAAGACAAUUGUAGCUAUUUCCUCUCACGCCUGUUUAACUUACGCUGAUUUGGGCGGGUUUCUCCUAUCCCCAUACAAAACAACUUCUCUGUCUUUGACUGCUCUGACUUACAAGAACGUGGGUCUGCUCGGCUGUGAACUGCUCCUGGCGUGCGCCUGGUAAAUCCGUCAUAAUAAUAGCAACCCGCCAUGGAACUUGCGCUCUUGCGUUUAAAGGGAAUGUUGGAUAGCGUUCUGAUUGGUUUAUUUGACGUUACGCCCAAACCACACCUAUGAAUAAUGAACCUACUUCAGACCAACCACUUAUUGAUUUGCGCCUGGCGCAAGAGUUAUUCCUCCCACCGGGAAAAUAGCAACAGCGCCCAAGAUCCGCCCACAAAGUCACUUGCGCUUUGCGCUUCGCACUUGCGUUUCAGAUCGUUAAAAUAGGGCCCAUUAUGUUACAAACCUGAAUAAAUUUCUUUGUUCUAAUAAACACAAAGGGAGAUAUUUUAAGGAAUGUUUGUAACCAAACCGUUCAUGGACCCCAUUUACUUCCAUAGUAGGAAAAAAAUUCUCAAAAUAUCUUCCUUUGUGUUCAUCAGAACAAAGAAAUUUAUACAGGUUUGUAACAUAAUGAGAG